AGCCGCACUCUCACAAUUGGAACACCAAAUCAUUCCUAUUCUGCUUCGGUUGAAGUAGUAGUCGGGGAAGAUGGAGGUUGGUUUGGCGGUGAAGCGAGCAGGGGCGGCUGUGCCGGAGGCGUUGUUGCCUGCCCGAACCCUGGGCUUCCGGGAUCCCAUCAAGGCCAGAACAAGAACUAGCUGCGUCGGGUUCCAGCCGCCGGCGAGCGGGGCGUGGAGGAAGCGAGCGGUUUGGGUGGCUCGCAAGGGCGCUGUCCGGUCUGAGGCUGUCCUGGAAGAGAAAGCGCCGCCUCCCAUGAAGAAGAAGGAGGCGGGCCCGGUUCGGCUGUACGUCGGUCUGCCGUUGGAUGCGGUCUCCGACUGCAACGCCGUGAACCACGGCAAAGCCAUCGCAGCCGGCCUCCGCGCCCUCGCUCUCCUCGGCGUCCACGGCGUCGACCUCCCUGUUUUCUGGGGCGUCGCUGCCGCCGGUGAUUGGACCUCCUACCUCGCCCUCGCCGCCAUGGCCCGCGACGUCGGUCUCCGCCUCCGGGUCUCCCUCCACCUUCACGCCCAACGCCGUCCCCGCCUCCCUCUCCCAGAGUCGGUCUCCCGCGCUGCCGCUUCCAACUCCGACCUCCUCUUCUCCGACCGCUCUGGCCGCCGGCACCCCGACGGCCUCUCGUUCGCGGUCGACGACCUCCCCGUCCUCGACGGCAAGAGCCCGAUGGAAGUGUACGAGGAGUUCUUCCAAAGCUUCCGCUUUGCCUUCUCCAACUUCUUCGGCGCCACCAUCGAGGACAUCACCAUCGGUCUCGGACCCAAUGGCGAGCUGCGAUACCCUUCUUUUCCUCCUUCCGGCAGCCAUGGAUUUACUGGUGUUGGAGAAUUCCAAUGUUACGACAAGUAUAUGCUCGCUGAUCUCAAACGGCACGCCAUGGAAGCCGGCAACCCUAUCUGGGGCCAUUCUGGCCCUCAUGAUGCCCCUGAAUACAACCAGUCACCGGCUUUCGGGAAAUUCUUCAAAGAGAAUGGCGGCUCCUGGGAGACGGCCUACGGGCAAUUCUUCCUGUCCUGGUACUCCGGCAAGCUCUUAUCUCACGGUGACCGACUGCUCUCGGUGGCAUCACAAGUGUUUGGUGAUUUGCCUGUUGCACUCUCCGCCAAGGUGCCGCUUCUGCACUGGUGGCAUAAAACCCGGUCGCGGCCGUCCCAACUGACGGCUGGGUUCUACAACACUGACGGUAGAGACGGGUACGAGGCGGUGGCGGAGAUCUUCUCAAGCAAGUCUUGCACCAUGAUCGUCCCAGGCAUGGACCUCUCUGACCGGGAUCAGCCUCAGGGUGUGAAGUCCAGCCCGGAGUCACUGCUGUCUCAGAUUAUGAGAGCAUGCAGGAAGCAUGGGGUGAGACUCGCCGGCGAGAAUUAUUCCCUCGUGGGAGUGGGUACUACUGGCUUCCGAAGAAUAAAGGAGAACAUUCUCGCUGAGAAUUCAAGAUUGAAUUCAUUCACUUAUCAUAGGAUGGGUGCUGAAUUCUUCUCGCCGGAGCAUUGGCCUCUGUUCACAGAGUUCAUCAGGAGCAUGAUGCAACCUGAGAUGGAUUCUGAUGAUAUUCCUAGCUCCGGAGAAAGGUUUUCAGUUAUGGAUGCAGUGGCGGCGGACGAUCGGGAGAUGCAGACAGUGUAGCGAUUCUACUGCAUCGAAAUUGAAAUGUUUACGUGUGUGUGUAUGUAUAUAUGUAUGUAUAUAAUUAAAAUAGUAUAAGUGUAGACAGAAAGGUAGAACAAAUUAGUACCAUAGACCUGAAUGUCUGAAGGUUCAUGUCUUGCGGAUAAGAGGGACCAAACCCCACAUUUACAUCAGCCUGGUGCAAUGAACUACAUAAUGUAUGUAUUAUGGUCGAUAUGUUAAUAUUCUCUUGAACUAGAAAGAAUAACAUGUUGAUAUGAAACA